AUGGCGCCGUUGAAUUCUGAACUUGUUUUGGAUAAGCUUUCUCCCGAAGAACUAAUAGCAAAGGGUAAGCGAGAGAUGCUAUGUUCCCAAAUAUCAAAUGCUGUUGAGUGCUUCCAGAUGGCUUGCCAAUUACUCGCCGAGAAAAAUGGUGACCUGCACGAUGACUUGGCGAUCCCAAAUUUGUUAUAUGGGACGGCUCUGUUGGAGCUUUCGAGAUCUGAAAAUAAUAUUCUGGGAGAAAGCAUGAAAGAACGUGCCGAGUCUAUGGACUCGACAGAGGAUAGUAGUGAUGAUGAAGGAGACUGUGAAAAGAAUAUUAAAGGUGAACUAAAGCAAGCUAACGUCGAAAAAGGCGUUGGUGUUAAUGAAGUCGGGGAUGCUGGGACAUCUAGUGUAGAAAAAUCCACUGCGUCCGGAGAAACGACUUUUUCUCCACCAGAAGGGUCAGAGGAUUUAGGAGAUGAAGAUAUAUCCACUCUACAACUAGCUUGGGAAGUCGUUGAAGUUGCUAGAAAGUUAUUUCUGAGACAUGAGGAUGCUGAGCAUCAGUUGAGGGCUUCCGAUUGCCUAGAAAAACUGGCAGAAAUCGGGCAGGAAAUCGGGAACCACCAACAAGCAGUGUCAGAUCUGUUGGAAUGCCUGAAAAUACGGUCGAUACACGCUCCUAAUAAUGAUCGCCUUAUUGCAGAAACCCACUUUCAAUUAGCUGUCUCCUAUUCUCAAGUAGGAAAUGUGAUUUCUUCGGAUGCUUCGUUUGUCGAUGCAUUGAGGCGCCUAGAGGGAUGUAAGUUGAAGUUGGAGUUGCAGUUGAGUGCAGUGAAUGAAGAAGGUGAAGGUGAUGGGAGUAAGAUUAAUCAAUUGGAAAUGCAAAUUAGAGAGGUCGUCGGACUCAUUGGCGAGGUAUCUGAACGCCGAAAGGAGGGUUCUCAGUCUAUACAAUCGGUUGAAGAGCCUCAGGCAACGCAUGUGCACAAAGAUGUUCCCAUUGGUGAUAUUAGUCAUCUGAUUAAGAAAAAAAGGCGGAUCAGUGGUGAGAAUGCUCGACAAGUCCCGGAAAAAAGCCUGUCAGCUUCAGUCAACAAUUGUGAUCUAUGUCGCAAUGUCUUCGAAAAAUACCGCUCCGCUUUUUAUGACAUUGAUCCUGACAUAAGUCUUGGAGGUGGGAAUACUGAUUGGGAAGAAAAGUUCAUUGGAAAAUAUGCUUUUAGUGAACUUCAUGCCUUUGAGACCAUGGAAAAGACUCUGAAGGCUCUGAAUGAUCGCGAGGCUCAAUUCCUUUCUGAAAUUGAAGGUGAAGUUGAAGAUUUUUGGGUCGACUACUUAAAGACGGGUCUGUCGAAUCUUGAUGACGUCAUCGAUGUGUUCUGCAUUGAAAAGUUAAAACUCUGUUGUCCGUGGAAUAAAUUUGGUGAGAAGUGUUCCAACUGUGAUCCGUGCAUUGUUGAAAAUGGCCAUUGCGAUGGGAAUGGCACUCGAAAUGGCACUGGGAUAUGUCUCUGUCGAAUCGGAUUUAGCGGGAAAUCGUGCGACAAAUGUGACAACCUGACCCAUUUUCAAUCUUCCUUUGAGAAUGGAAGUAUUUCUUGCAGUACAUGUCAUCCGUCUUGCGCUGGCGGUUGUUCAGAUGCGACCUCUGCUUCCUGCAUUUCCUGUGCUAAGGGUUUCACUGAUAUUGAAAAAGAUGGCCACAGAAUUUGUGUUGACAUUGAUGAGUGCGCAGGUGAUGGUUCUCUUUGCAAAGUGGGGACUUUUUGCGUAAACUCGGAGGGUUCCUUUUCAUGUGUUAAAUGUCCAAAGGAAUGUCUUGCCUGCACAAAUCCUUCUACAUGUCUGUCCUGUUUAUCUGGUUACACCUUGACAGGCACUAGAUGUGUGGACGUCGACGAGUGCUCUUUGCCUGAUGUGUGCUCUGGACUUCAUCAGCGCUGUGUGAACAAGCCGGGAUCCUAUCUUUGUGUGUGCGAAGAGGGCUAUCGGUUGAAGCAAGGCGGUUUUAGUGAGGCGAAAAUUAGGUCCGUGGAAGGCGGUGAAGUCACUUCAUUGGCACUAGGGGGGCAGGUGAGGUGGCAGGUGUCGUUGAAGCUUAGCGUCCGCAGCGAUCCAUUGUAUAGCUGCAAUACAAUGCCCAUUUCAAAGCGCGACAAGAGAAGUAUGUCGUUUUGCUGUCUUCACCAUUCUCCUGUAGUUUCACUGACGAAAACCGACAAAAAAGUUGGGAACAAGUCUGCGCUUGUCAACAAGAUCCAAUCACUUGUCUCCAACUACAAGUACAUCUAUGUAAUUACAUUUGAGAACCCACGAAACGCUAGACUCGCGGAAAUUCGUCAGGAGCUACCGAGCAGUGUGUUGCUAUUCGGCAAGAACAAGGUUAUCGCAGUCGCCUUCGGUCGGGACGCGACUACUCAGCUAAAACCGGGUCUGCAUAAACUCAAAAAAUAUGUUAAGGGUCAGUGUGCUCUUCUCUUCAGCAACAUGGAACUUGAUGAACUUCGUCAAGUUUUUAAUCAAUUCAGAAGUCAGGACUAUGCACGAGCUGGUAGCGUUGCUGCACAAACUGUAACUCUGGGAGCUGGUCCUGUGCCCAAAUUCUCCCACACCCUCGAACCUUCUCUGCGCCAGCUAGGUUUGCCAGUCAAACUGGUUCGGGGCAUUAUUAAUCUCGAAGACGACUACCUCGUGUGUAACAUAGGUCAGGCACUCACACCGGAGCAGUGCAGAAUUCUGAAAUACUUCGAGACUCAGACCUCAGAGUUUCGAGUGAAUAUUGUGGCUCGGUGGAAGGCAGAAAAUGGUAGUGUGGAGAACCUAUCCAUCAGGGAUGCAGAAAAUGUGGUUACUUCCCUCUAUCCAAAAGUUAGGGUCACAUGCCAAACGAUCGAAGCCGGAUCGCACUGUUUCAUUCCUGAACCUAUGGAGGUCUAG